GACGUGAAAGAUGCAAAAUAAUUAAACAAUUUUAAACCUAAUUAAUCAGUCAAAAAAGUAACAAUUAUUUCCCUUUAUAUUUUUCAAACCACAACAACACUCCACUAUCUCCACUAACACACAAUGGCCUCUUCCAUAUUUCUUCUUCUCCUUCUCUUCUUCUUCUUCCUCUGUUCUUCGAUCACUUCCUUUAAAACAGAGAAGAAGACUUUCAUUUUCCGAGUAGACAGUGGACUAAAACCGUCAGUUUUCUCUACGCACUACCAUUGGUAUAGUUCUGAGUUCACUGAAGGUCCACGAAUUCUCCAUCUUUACGACACAGUUUUUCAUGGCUUCUCGGCAAGUGUUACAUCAGAGGACGCUGAAAACCUCCGUAACCACCCUGCGGUUCUUGCGGUUUUCGAGGAUCGUCGUCGUGAACUUCACACCACUCGUUCUCCUCAAUUCUUAGGUUUACGUAACCAGAAAGGACUCUGGUCUAACUCUGAUUACGGAUCUGAUGUUAUCAUCGGUGUUUUAGACACCGGAAUAUGGCCGGAGCGGAGGAGCUUCUCUGAUCUAAACCUUGGACCGGUUCCGAAGCGGUGGAGAGGUGUUUGUCAAACUGGAGUUAGGUUUGAUACAAGAAACUGUAACCGGAAAAUCAUCGGCGCUAGGUUUUUUGCCAAGGGACAACAAGCUGCCAUGUUCGGUGGAAUCAAUAAAACGGUUGAGUUUCUGUCACCGCGUGAUGCGGAUGGACACGGAAGUCACACGGCCUCAACCGCAGCGGGUCGUCAGGCCUUUAGGGCCAAUAUGGCUGGAUACGCCUCUGGUGUUGCCAAAGGUGUAGCCCCUAAGGCACGUAUAGCUGCCUACAAAGUGUGUUGGAAAGAGUCUGGCUGUCUUGAUUCCGAUAUCCUCGCUGCUUUUGAUGCUGCGGUCUCCGAUGGGGUCGAUAUUAUCUCUAUUUCCAUUGGAGGAGGAGAUGGAAUCCCAUCGCCGUAUUAUCUCGACCCCAUCGCUAUAGGUUCGUAUGGUGCCGCGUCGAUGGGAGUCUUUGUCUCCUCCUCUGCAGGGAACGAUGGACCGAAUGGAAUGUCCGUAACUAACUUAGCUCCGUGGAUAACCACUGUCGGCGCGGGAACAAUCGACCGGGAUUUCCCGGCUGAUGUUGUUCUCGGAGAUGGACACCGUCUCCGAGGUGUUUCACUCUACUCCGGUGUGCCGCUCAACGGCCAGAUGUUCCCGGUGGUUUAUCCGGGAAAGAAGGGGAUGUUAGCUGCUUCUUUGUGUAUGGAGAAUUCACUUGAUGCUAAGCUUGUGAGAGGUAAAAUUGUGAUUUGCGACCGUGGAAGCAAUCCUAGAGUAGCUAAAGGACUGGUGGUUAAGAAGGCAGGCGGCGUUGGGAUGAUACUCGCUAACGCCGUCUCUAACGGUGAAGGCUUAGUCGGAGACGCUCACCUUAUCCCUGCUUCAAAUGUCGGAUCAAGCGCCGGAGACAGAAUCAAAGCCUACGCUUCGACUCAUCCGAAUCCUAUAGCAACAAUAGAUUUCAAAGGGACAGUGAUCGGAGUUAAACCGGCUCCUGUCGUGGCUUCUUUCUCUGGCAGAGGACCAAACGGUUUAAACCCGGAGAUUUUAAAACCUGACUUGAUUGCUCCAGGGGUUAACAUCUUAGCGGCUUGGACAGACGCGGUUGGACCUACGGGGAUAGAAUCUGAUCGUCGGAAAACAGAGUUUAACAUUCUCUCUGGUACUUCCAUGGCUUGUCCUCAUGUUAGUGGAGCCGCGGCUCUGCUUAAGUCAGCUCAUCCGGAUUGGAGUCCGGCCGCUAUAAGAUCAGCCAUGAUGACAACGGCUAGCCUUGUGGAUAACUCGAACCGUUCGUUGAUAGACGAGUCCACUGGAAAACAUUCGACACCUUAUGACUUUGGUUCGGGUCAUCUUAAUCUUGGUCGGGCUAUUGAUCCAGGUCUUGUCUAUGACAUAACCAAUGAUGACUAUAUCACGUUUCUUUGCUCCAUCGGCUACGAGAUGAAAACAAUUCAGGUGAUCACUAGAACACCGGUGAGAUGUCCGAGAAGGAAACCGUCGCCUGCUAAUCUUAAUUAUCCUUCGAUCACGGCUUUGUUUCCAACCUCAAACAGAGGUUUUCUGAGCAAGACUCUGUUUCGGACGGUUACGAACGUUGGACAGUCCGAGGCGGUUUAUAGGGCGAAGGUAGAGUCACCUAGGGGAGUGACAGUGACGGUGAAGCCGUCGAGGUUGGUGUUCACGUCGACCAUUAAGAAACGAAGCUAUGCUGUAACAGUGACGGUGGAUACAAAGAGUUUCGUGCUUGGUGAGUCAGGUGCGGCGUUUGGUUCGGUUACUUGGUUUGACGGUGGAAGACAUGUGGUUCGAAGCUCAGUUGUAGUGACGCAGAUUGACCCAUUGUGAGUCAGGGCGGGUCUGGCCGAUCAUGACUAAUGAAUGAAUCUUGUAUGC